GGAUAGGGAGAAACAAUGAGGUUGCAAGGACCGUAGACCAGGAUCAUGGCGGACCCGCUCGAACAGGACCGCUUACCUGAACACUGGUCCUUUGGAGUAUGCCAAGAUGGCAGAGUGUUCUUCAUCGACGAUGAAACGCGCACUACUACUUGGCUUCACCCACGGACUUUUGAACCUGUCAAUUCUGGACACAUGAUACGGUCAGAUUUGCCGAGAGGAUGGGAAGAAGGCUUUACCAACGAAGGGGCAAAUUACUUUAUAGACCAUAACCAGAGGACUACCACAUUCCGGCAUCCCGUGACUGGACAGAUAUCCUCCGACAACUUUGAUUUCAUUCUCCAGGAAGAGCCCAGCGUACACAUGUCCAAGGCACAGACGGAUCCCCGACCCUCCAGCACAGUCAGCGAGGCAUCCACCGUGGUCACCUCCUCCACUGUGGAUACUGCUCCAGGCUUUAAGGGAUCCAGAAACAGCAGAAAGGUGCACAGUUUUGGCAAGAGAGACCAGGCCAUAAAGAGGAACCCCAAUGUGCCGGUGGUGGUACGUGGAUGGCUCUACAAACAGGACAGCACAGGGAUGCGGCUCUGGAAGAGAAAGUGGUUUGUGUUGGCUGAUUACUGCCUCUUCUACUAUAAAGACAGCAGAGAGGAGUCCGUCCUGGGCAGCAUUCCACUGCCCAGCUACAUCAUCUCCCCCGUGGAGCCUGAGGACCACAUCAGCCGAAAAUAUGCCUUUAAGGCCUGUCACACGGGGAUGCGCUCGUACAUUUACAAACAGAGCUCUCUGAUUGCCUCACAGGCAGAACACAGUGGUAUGAGGACCUACUUCUUCAGCGCCGACACACAGGAGGACAUGAACAAUUGGAUUCAGGCCAUGAACCAGGCUGCACUCAUGCAGAACCAUGAGGUCAAGAGCACCUCAGAGGAUCUAGAGAGAUCAGAAACAUCCAACUCAUUGGACAAGCCCGAGAGACAGGCAGUCCCUCAGACCAAUCACGUCGAUGGCUUUGCUGCAUCGGAGCUGGAGGAGCUCCAUCCUGAUCCAGCCUUUCUGGAGAAACAUGAAGUCCUUGUUCCAGAGGAGGAGAUCCAGAUCCAGGAAGACUCUCUGUCACAUAGGGAAGUUCAAGAGAUACGGGGCAAAUCUCCAGCUCUCAAGACAGAGGAGGUGGAGGUUGCCCUCCAACCCGGAUCAGCACCAAAUUCUCGGAACCACUCACAAGCUCCAUCACGUGCAGGUUCAACACUGCCACCCAUGCUGAGAAAUGGGUCGGUAUCUGAGCAUGACAAGGUUUUGGAGAAUUCAAGGGGACCUACACCACAGUAUGACUCCCAGAUCCAGACACAGAGGAAGAAUACUCUGGAACAGGUUGAACACUGGGUCACGGUACAGAGAGCAGAACAAAGAAAUACACUCCAGCGCCGAACCCCUCCGCUGCACUCAAAGUUAAGCGCAGUAGAUCCUUACCAGUCCCAGCCAAAGACUCUUCGACAGAGUCUUCCUGUCUCGUGGAAUCAGCUACCAAGUGACUACAAGUACGCCCAAGACCGCAUUAGCCACUACCAGAUGACACAUGGACCCCUUGCCAAGGAUGCCACCGUGUGGCGACUCUACGAGUGGCAGCAGCGACAACGCUAUCGCCAUGGCAGCCCUACUGCACCUAUAUACACCCCAGCUCCAAACUACGCAACCGCCAUCUCUGCUUCCAGGACCAAGCCACUCCAGCCCCGCUCAAUCUCAGUCCCGCCCACCCCAGAGGACAUCCCUCCGCCUGGACCCCCUGGUGGCAGGGUACUGUCACCCCUGCGCAGGCCACACACACCUGCCGACAGGGUAACAGUGCGGCCACAGGAGGAGAGAUCCACCACUGAGGUGUCGUUUUCUGGUUCUCCCCAACGAACGUUGUCGCGUAAGUCCGCCACAAUAGAGAGGCGGUCAAUGCCUCCAUCAGGUUACAUGACGCAUACGGUCAGUGCGCCAAGUCUUCAUGGGAAAACGGUUGAUGACACCUACGUGCAGCUGAAGAAGAAUCUGGAAUAUCUUGAUCUAAAGGUGGCUGGAAAUGAAACGCUGAUAGGAAGAACAGCGAAACCUGUUAAGGUGGCAGAGAGUGAUGUGGAUGUCACACUGAGUCGACUCUGUGAACAAGACAAAGUCCUUCAGGAACUGGGGAACAGGAUCAGGUCCCUAAAGGAGGAUAAGGAUAAGCUGGAGUCAGUGUUAGAUGUGUCCCACCAGCAGCUGGAGCAGUACCAAGACCAGCCAGCCCAUGCUGAGAAGAUUACCUACCAGCAGAAGCUGCUGCGGGAGGACCUGGUGCAUAUCCGCGCCGACAUAUCCAGAGCAUCCUCGGAGAUGGAGAGGGCAUGGGAAGAGUACAGCAGGCUGGAACAGGCAGUAGAACAGCUGAGACAGGCCCUGCAAGUCCAGAUGGAUCAGUGCCCAGUCCCUCAGGAGAAAAACCAGCUGAAGAGAGAGCUCUGGAGGAUAGAGGAUGUAAUAGCAGGACUAAGCUCCAAUAAAGCCAACUAUAAAGUCACUGUAGACUCCAUGCAAAACCCAGAGAGAAAACUUGUGCCUUCCCUGUCUUCAGUGCCUUCUCGGAGUGCUACACCUGUGGGUGGGGACAUCCAUCCUGCUCAGCGCAGCCUCAACUCUAGCCCCGUGCCACCAUCUAAUGACUACUCCACCACCUCCUCCCAUCAGCCCCUGCUGCACCCAUACCCUGUGCCAAGUUGGGCUGAAGAUGCAGCCCCGCCCAGGCCUCCUCUGCCCCUACAUUAUAUGAUUGAGGAUCAACCCCCUGCUGUGCCUCCUCUCCCUAAAGAGGCCACAGUCAUCAGACAUACAUCUGUACGUGGGCUCAAACGCCAGUCUGACGAGAGGAAACGGGAUCGAGAGAGCAACUACAUCAACGGAGACUUCAGGGCCGAAAUGCGGUCCUAUCGGAGUGAACCAGAGUUGCCUGGAAGUGCUCGUGGCUCAGAGAUUGGCUACCAGACCCUCCCAAACAGAGAUCUGUCCAGCUCGUCAGCCAGGUUAAGGCAGUCCUACACCACGUUACGGAGAGCAGAUUCAGGCUUUGACAUGAGGGAGAGACCAAAGAGUGCCUUAGAGAGACUUUGCCCACCUGAGCUUCAGCUGCCUCAGACGUCUCACAGGGGGAGGAUGAGCGCGGAGGAGCAGUUAGAGAGAAUGAAAAGGCACCAGAGGGCGUUAGUGCGAGAGCGAAAGCGUAACCUGAGCCAGGGCGAACGCUCCACUCGCUCCUCCUCCUCCUCCUCGCGCCCCGUCUUGACUGACUUGGGACCAUCAAGCCUGGAGCAGGACAUUGAUUUGCAGAUGACGGGCCGUAUGGUGCAAGGGGAGGAGCGGCAAGGAGCUGAGGGGCGGGAUCAAGAGGAGCAGGCCCCACCCUGUGAAACACAGAGAAGUACAUCUGAUGAUUGGCUCACAGUUGUGGCCAAACCCAUGAAAGUGCAGGACUUGGAGCCUAUAGACUUUGAUUUGGAUCUCAGCAGGGAGUUGUCGAUACCAAAGAAGGUGGCAAUUCCAAAACGUUACAUUGAUUUGGAACCUGAGGAACCUCUCAGCAAAGAGGAAAUGGAGACCCGUUCUCGUAAUGUGGAGAAGAUCAAAAGCCUGCUGGCCAAGUCCAGUGGCCAGGCUGUGCCGCUGCCCAGAGACCCAGAGCAGCUGGACUUCUCAGACUUGGAUGGUGCAUUGAAGCACAAUGAGAGAAUCAUGAGCAUGCCCAGUGCCUUGGCGCCUGAAGCAUCCCGGAAGAGUAAGGAGGUAGCAGAGAGCCAGAGCUGGGCAGGAUGGUGAAAUUAUAUAUUUUCACCACAGUUCAUUUUCGGUAGGAUGACUCAAUGUCUUGGUGUUGUGGGUGUUAAUCUUGUGCCUGUCUGAUGCUCCAGGAGUGCUUUACUUCACUUUUCUCUUGCUUUAAGUCACAUCAUGGUUGCCCCAUAGGUACUUGAGACUGGGCCAGAACUGUGGAUACGAGCCCUGUCGACUGAAAGAUCCACAAACUAGUUUAAAAUAUAUACGUAUAUAUUUCCAGUUCAACAAACCUCAUAGCGUAUGCCUGCAUUAUACUGUGAAAGACUCAGCAGAUUGUUGACUUAACUUAGUCUUCAAUUAACAGCGGGGGGACUUUAAAGAAGGUGGCUUUAACAUUGCUUAUUUCCUCCUUUCUUUUCCUGAUUUGUAAAAAUUAAGGGGUAUAGAUGGAGUUGGUGAUGGGUUAUGUAUAAUGCCUACCAGUCUUUCCACUAUUUCAUUGCCUCUGGAAAUUGUUAGAACGUGGCUAAUCUUUUAUGCCUGCGUCUUCCCAUACUGUUUUUCACAUUAAGAUAUCAUAGUGUUUUGGGGGAAGCUUCUUAAUAAAGGGGUAUUUUUUAUUGUCAUCAGAAUGUUGUAUCCAUUCCUUUUCUUCUUUUUUGUAUUUGUUCAGCUGUGGUAUAUUCUGUGACUGAUUUGUAUGUUUUGUGCCUUACAGCCAAAGCCAUGUCUGAAGACUGAAUUAUGCCUUGUCCUGGACAUGAGGAAAUUAUAAAGUAUUUUGACAGGAUAAAUAUUUAUAGAUUUUUCAGUCUCAGCAAACACUUCAGAACUGAUUUAUAACUUAAACAAGACUUACACU